CAAGCUUCGUUUUCAAGCUUCCCUUGUUCCGUCCUGCCUUCACGAAUCACGUCCCGUGCAGUGCUGCUCCUCCUGGUCCCUCCCUCACAUCACAUCACCUAGCGCCGCUAGCGCUGAUGUGCUGGCGAAUCUCGGGAUGCGACACAUGCCUUCCAGCAAUUACGGGGUGCCAUCGUCGCUCGGAAACCCCACCCACUUCAACGCCACUGAAGCAGUUCACCCUUGGCCCUUCAACCCGCCACACCGCUUAUUCCCCAAGCUUGCCGCAAGCUAACCGUUUCUGUCGGCAUGGCUUUCCCUCCAAGCUUCUUGCUAUCCAAUUAGCAUUCCCAAUGCAUGCCUGAGACGGAAAUCCUGCUAGGUUUGGGGCGUAAGUUUGGGACCAAGUGAGUCAGAUCAGGAAAAGUAGAAACAUCGGCGGCAGCUCUUUCCGCCAUGGCUGCUCCUAUGAAAUUUGACUAUUCGGAGAUACCGGUACCCGAUAUGGAGGACAUCGAUAUGAGAUUUAUAGACACGCUUCCCGAGCUGCGCGGUGUCGCAGCACCGGCGGAUGAGAUCCAUCGCGCGAUCGCGUUUCUUAACGCGGAUGAAGCGACUCUAAGAGGGGCGAUGAUGGGGUCAGGAAUCCCCGGAAUGACGGGGUGUCUGAUGGGCGACGCGGAUCUCUCAUCGGACGGUCUGGAUUUCAUCCCGGACGGAUCUAUUACCACCCCUGACGGAAGCAGCGUCGGUGGCGGAGGGGGGGGAUGUAGCGCGGACGGCGGGCUGCAGCUCGGCGGAGGGGGGAAGUUGGUGGCGGGGGACGUCGUCGGCGGGAACUGGCAGAGUGGCGGAAAUCUGCUGAUUUGCGGGGAGCAGCAAGUUUCCCGCCAAAAUCUUUUGCAGCAGCAUCAGCAUCAGCUCCAGCUGCUACAGCAGCAGCUUCAGAAACAGCAGCAGCAUCCGCAUCAGCAGCAGCCCGUGCUGAGUCAGCAGCAGCAGCAGCAACACGGAAACAUCCACCAAGACGUAUCAGGAGCGACCACGUGGCAGGGAGGCUCGCCGCCAACCACGGGGUCGAUUGUAGCCCACCACGUGUCCGGCACGUUCACCGGCAGCAACUUCAACGGCAGUAACGGGAACUUCAAUAACGGGAACAUGAACGGCGGCGGCGGGGGAUUGAACGGCGGGGGCUUGAGCGCCGGGGGUUUGAACGGCGCGGGUUUGAGCGGUGGGGCAUUCAAUGGCGGGCAGAACUGCGCGACCCUGGUGCCCGGCGGAAGCCGCCUUAGCGUGGAACAAGCGCUUCUUCUCAACAUGUCGCGCACUGAAGCGGAGAUGCGCAAAGUGGUGAUGGAGCGAGACGUGCUCAGAGAGGAGGUUGCGCGCAACCAGGCCGCCUUGCGCCAGCUCUCCGCGGACAAGUCCGCGCUCGAGGAGCGCGUGCGCGCGCUGGAGGGCAGCGUGCGCACGCUCGAAACCCGCGCGCGCCAGCUCGCGGGGGACAAGGGGCAGCUCUCCGCGGAGCGCGCGCAGCUCUCCGCGGAACGCGCGGGGAUCGAGUCGCUGGUCCGCGCAGCCAAACAGGAGGCAUUCGCGCAGGCGGUCAGCCAGAUCCACACCGCGCUCAGCUGCGCGCCGAUCCCCCGCGGAAUCCGCUUCGCCCCAGUAGACGCGGAAGUAUUCCAGUACCUUUCCAGGAAAGUUCGCGGGGAGGUAGAGGACGUGGGUCUAGACCGCCUCCUAGUGCAGAGAUUAAGACGCGUCGCGGACUGCGACGGGCUUAUACCGGAGAUAGAGCUGCUGAAGUUCCCCAGGCCGUGGCACCUGCCCGGGUUAGACGUCUCCCCGGACGGCAAGGGUCUAACGGGAUUUUUCUUCGUGAAGCCCGAAUGGCGGCCGAACGAGCGGCGCCGGCGGCGAGAGGCGGACAUGGCGCCGUGCGACCCGAAGCCCCCCUGCUGGAAGGAGUCUUGCCAACCCACUCCGUUCGCGGACCUUGCGCCGUGCCUUGGGCUCUCUGUGGGGGCCGGGGGGGUGUGCGUGGGGGGAGGAGUGGGCGGAGGCGGGAUGGGGGCAGGGGCUUUUCUUUUCCGGCCCGAGCGGAGGAUGUUUCGUUUCAAGCUGCCCGGGACGCGCGAGGGCCCCGCGGGGGAGAAGGAGAAGUGGAAGAUGUACGAGUACACCCUGAAGACGGACCUGGAGAUGUACGAAGACAAGCGAAACGGGUUACCCGUGUGGGUGGUGUGUAAGGUUGUGAGGGAGGGGCCGAUGACGCGGGAAGAGGAGGUGGAGGCUAAGGCGCGAGCAGCCGCCGCUGCUGCUGCGGGCGGAGGGGGGUCCAGUGGGAGGGGUGGGGGGAGCGGUGGGGAGAGUGGGUACCGGGGGAACGGCGGAGGCGGGUAUGGGGGAGGAGGGGGGGGAUACUCAGGCGGUGGCGGGGGAGGGGGAGGAGGGGGAGGCGGAGGAGGCGCGGUGUGGUCGUUGUUGCCGCCCCUCCCGGAGCAGACAGCUCCGCCUGCGCUGGCGCUUGCGCCAGCAGCAGCGGGUGGCGGGUCUCCCACAAGGUCACCUGCGAAAUCACCUGAGAGGUCGCCUGGAAGAAUCCCCCCUGUGAUGCUGUCUCGCAUGCAGCUCCUGGACCAAUGGCUUGCCGCCAUGCCCCUCCCGCCUUCGCAGUCCGUUUCUGCUGCUUCGUCAGCAGCAUCCCCCCGAGGAGCAUCAGCCCAAGCAGGCGUAUCAACCGCGUCAGCACCAUCACUUCCUUCCAUCCUGGCCGCCACGUCAGCAUCUUCCACGUCAGCCAUCCAGGUGACGUCAGCAGCCGGGCAGGUUUCAUCUGCGGUCCAAGUCACCUCUUCCGUGUCUGUAACUGCAGCAGGUUCGGCAGCUGCCGGACCUGUUGCCGAGCCUCUGGCGGCUCUGGCCAUGGCUGCUGCCAAGCGUCUGCUGGAGGAUCGGUUGGUUCGGCACGUGGGGAACAUCAGCGGGAGGAAGAGGCUGUUUUUGCCAGAGGUGGAAGGGAGAGAGGCGAUCACCGGUGAGACGUCUGGUACGAUUACAACAACUGCUGCUUCUGCUGCCGUCGCCGUUACUGCUGCUACUACCGCUGCUGCAUUUGGUGCUGCUGCUGCGUCUGCUGCUUAUACAGCAACUGUUGGCGCAGUGGCAGGAAGAGGGGAUGGGCGGGCGGGGAGGGAGGAAAGCAGGGAGCAGCAGCGGCCAUACUGGUUGCGUCCCCCUUCCUGGGCGCGAGCCCUGCCGGACUCCUACUGGGAUAGCCCAGAGGCGAAGGCGGAGGAGGAGGAGGUGGUGGGGGAGGAGGUGGAGGAAGCGGAGGAGGAAGACGAGGAGUGGGAGGACGGGGAGGAGGAGGGGGAGGAGGCUGGAGGGGAGGAGGAGGGUAAUCUGAAGCCGGGCGGCGAGAGUGAGGUGGGACAGCUGGCGGCAGAAGUUUCCAGGAAGCUGUCAGAGCUGGUAACCGCGUCGAAGAAACUGACGGAGAAAGCGGGAUUCCUUGCUCUGGGCGGCGAAUCUCCCUUCUCUCCUGUCGAAGCUUCCAUCUCGCGAGUGCUCAAUCUGGUGACACGUGUUGCUGACGUGGCGCUAGCAGACGAGCCCGCUGCCCAGCUCUGGCUGCACGCAGUGGGCGGCGCAGUCAGCGAUGAACUGGCGCCGGGAGUCUUCCUCGCAGCUUCCCUCUCCGCAUCCCCGCUGAUGCUCUUAGUUAAGUUCCAGGACUUAAGCGCGAUCAUUGAGGGGGGGAUGAAGGCAGUAUGGAAGCAGGCGGUGGGAAGGCUGCCGAAGGCGCUUAGAGAGAGGAUGAGUGAGGAGGGGAGGAGGGAGGUGAGAGCAAUGGAAGAGGCAAUGGAGGGAGGGGAGGUGACUGUGGUAGUGAGCGAGGGAGUGAGAAAGGCGCAGGAGGGGCUGCUGGCGCUGGUGCUGGCUCUGGGAGGUGGGGAAGGGGGAAGUGGAGGAGGGGGGAAAGGGGAAGGGAAGAAAGGGGAAGAUGGAUUGAUGAAAUCGAAAGCGCCACCUGAAACAUCACCUGAAGUUUUACCUGAGGCUAUGGAGUUGCAUGUGGGUGACUCCAUGGCGCCUGCAGCUGCAGAGGCCGGGCAGAAGAAAGUUUUGUUCCAGAUUGAUGGCAGCGAGGUGGAUGAGAAUUCCAAAGCGGCCAAUCGGCUCAAGAGCGAGCUGAUGAGCCUGUGCGAGAAGGGCAGCCGGAAACCUUUUGAGCUGCCUGGAAGCAUGUCAAGCACGGUCGUCGAGGUGUUCCGGGCAGUCGGGUUCGAAUACAACACGCCCAACGUCCACGGGCAGGUUAAGAAAGAAACGCUCCUGAAGGAGGGGUUGUCAGUGCUGGAGAGAGAAGGGAUGAAAGCAACGGAGCUGGAUUUGACAGGGGAGAUCGCUCAGCUCCAUGCGCUAAAGAAGGGGCUGACUCUAGAUCUGCAGCAGUUAGACAUGAAGCCCAGCAUGCUGAGCAAGUUCGUGGAAGGUUCCUCGGUGUCGACUGUGGCGGAUGGCAUGAUUGCUGUGCUGCAGGCGUGCAGCAGCGCGCUCGAGGCAGGGGCUGCUGCUGCUGGUACUGGUGGUGAUGGUGAUGAUGGUGGUGCUGCUGCUGCUGGUCCUUCUGGUGGUGUUGGUGAUGCUGAUGGCGAAGCUGCUGCUGCUGCUGGAGCGGAUGCAGCGGGUGCCGCUGCACCUUCAUCGAGUGUCCGUGUCACAGAGCCGUCUGGCAGUGGUGGGGAUACCACGCCUGCCACAUCUGCCACACCUGCCUCACAUGGCACCUGUGUGGUCUUUUCUCGCGAGGACAUCCUCUCAGCCCUUCCUGGAAGCUUGGAGGGGCUCUCUGGUCGUGUCAAUGCCUGCAUGCGGUUACCACCCAACACACGCAGCACCAGCAGCAGCAGGAUGGAAACUUCCCCAUCUUCGGCUGAUGCUGCUGCCGGUGGUGGUGAUUCCAAAGGUGUUCCACUACAGGAUGUGACUAUAGAGGUGCUGGAGCACAACAAGACCAACACCCCAGUGCUGCAUCUCAUCAAGGAAGCUGAAACCCUCUCCUCCCUCUCCCACCGCCACAUCAUCCCCCUCCUCGGAUACUCCCUCGAAUCCCCCUGCCUAGUCUACCCCCGCAUCCCCCACCUCUCUCUAGCCGACCAUCUGCCGUACGGUAACAGCUUCCCCCGGUUACCGCCUCUCCCGUGGUUCGUGCGGGUGCGAAUCGCCUACGAGGUGUCGUCUGCCCUGCUGUUCCUGCACCAGCAGAAGCCUCACCCGGUGCUGCAUCGGGACCUCCGGCCGGCGAACAUCGUCCUGUACUGGGAGGAGAAGGGCGGGCGGGAGACGGCUGGAAGAAGGCAGAAUGGGGGGGAGGAGGAAGGGCAGGGCGCCCCCUCCCUGGUGGUUCAGAAGGAUGGGGAUGGCGGCUUGGAGGGAGAGGGGUCUCACAGGGCGCCUUCCUGGUGGCCCAGGUUUCAGAGGAAGGAGAAGGCAUUGGUAGCAGCCACUACUGCACCUGCAGCACAUGCAGCACCUGCUACUGCUGGAGGCAGCAGCUCAAACGAGAUCAGGCAGGAGGGUGAGGUCUCCGGUUCAAUUCCUGCUGGGAGACAGUUGGUGAGCAAGCUGGCUCGAGUUGGGUUCUCGGCUCUAAGUCAGAAUCCGAGGACGGGGAGGGCAAGAGUGGAGGAUGUAGUAUUUUUGGACCCGGAAUAUCCAAGAACAGAGGAGCUGGUUCCGUCGUCUGACGUUUAUGCGCUGGGAGUGGUGCUGAUGCAGCUGCUGACUGGACGCAAUGCCACAUCAGCACUGAGCGUGGUAACUGCUGUGGUGGAAGGAACGAAGGGUUUGGGGGAUGUUUUGGAUGAGGGAGCCGGUGGGUGGCCUGCUGAUGUGGCAAUGGUGGUUGCUGAGCUGGCAGGGAAGUGCACUGAUAUGAGGAGGUGUAGGAGGCCAAGUUUGGGUGGUGAAGUGGUGCCUGUUCUCAGUAAGGUGCACAUGACCGCAUUUGAGGCGGAAACCAGAUGAAACCUUGCAGAGUCUUUUUUGGUUAUUGCUUUUCUUACUGGCCUCAUGCUUGAAUUGUGUAAUUAUUAAUUAUACUGCUGUAAUAAUAAUAAUCCCUCCUU